AUGGAUCUGGAGGAUAUGAGGGAGGUGGAAGAAAACUCGUACGUUGAUAUGAGUGGAACGAAUAAAACCACAACGAUCGCAAGCUCCUCAACGGAUAUCGAAACCGGAGACGACCCGUCACAAAUGGACCCCAGGGAAGAGUGCAAUCCAAAGUUUGAUGUGAUGGAAGAAAAUUCCUACGACCUCACCACGGAUCAGAUUCUUUACGAUGAAUGUCAGCAGGAGGUCUGCUACGAACAGGAACCAAUGGCGCCUUUAAGAAGUCCUACACCGGACAGCCGGAUGGACGAAAAUCAGUGCCCUUACGGUGGGUUACCAGCGUCUCAUUUGCGUCUCCAGCAGUCCCCGAAGCAUGGAACACUGUUCAAGCAAGAAAAGCGCCUGUUUUUCGAUCAGUUCAAGAAGUAUUACGUGGGGCUGAUCGGAAAAUGGCUCUUGAUCUACAACAGCCACAACGAUCUCAGGCCCUGCCAGACGUUGUUUAUCAAAUGCAUCAAGCUAGAUUUGAACUUGAACGAGCAGAUCAACGAGAAGCAUUUGUUUCAGAUCAUCACGCAAGCCGACAUGAAGGUGCACUUUCUUUCACCCAGCUUCCAAGACCUUAACGAGUGGAUCGUGGCGAUCGAGAAUAAUCUGAUCGAGAAGCCCGACCGUACGGAUGAAGGCCCGAUACUGCAAGCUGCUAGGAGAUUACCUUUGCCUCCUUAUUGUGCUAGCGAGGAUGAGACCGAUAUGCACGUGGCAGCUCACGCUGACGACGGGAUAUAUGAAGAGCCUGUGUUAUGUUUAAAGACAGAAACCGAAACUAAAACCAAGGAGCAAACCCACGGGUACGAUACGCCCAAGCCACUGAACUUCGUACGACCGGACAACGAUUCCGCGAUCAGCAAGAACUGUUCGGAUUCGCCUACACACAGUAAGAAGCCAGAUUUGCCGGCUAAAGCUGCUAAAGAAGAGUUAGGAUCUGGAGGGGCUAGCCCCGCACGUUCGCCGAUGAAGAGUUGGAUCAAAACUCGAUUCAAUCGAUCUCCACCAGAUCCUAUCGAAGGGAAAGCUUCCAAAAAAGCGCUCAAAAAGCUGUCGUUUGAAGAACUAUCGACGGUUGAUGCAUCCAGCCAGCCCAAUUCACAAACGGCGACGUCAAAUAAGCACCUGUCGGUGGAUACUGGCUCUAAAUUCACCCUGGCAACUACAGGUUCUAGCAAGGGCACAAAGAUCAACAUGAUCAUAAGCCAGCUGGAGGCGAAUGGUCAACUGAAUCUGCUCUCGAAAAGACUAAAUGAAACCAACAAACGAUACACGUGGGUUGCAGAAAGUGUUACCGGUUGA